AAGGUAGCGACAGCAGAAGGGCAAAACACAGCGGAGAUUUUAAAGUCGUCGGAGCUUGCAGGUUUUUAUCAGGGGACAGAAGACGUAUUUUCGAAUAAUUGGCAGCGGAAAGACACGAGCAGAACCCUUUCGGACCGGACGUGAGAUAGAUGGGACUCAUGUUUGGGUUUAGAGGCGCUCUGUGUCGCCAUGCACGUCAUUCGCUUUUGGUUACCUGAAGGCUGCUGCUCGCUCUUUUUGAAUUAAACUUCAGGCUUUAAAAGGGAGCUGAGCUGCUGAAAGUGGCAGCUCUGAUAUUUCCAUCUGGACCUGGUGAUAUGAGAGGCUUCAGGAGGCGGUGAUGGAGCUCCAGGAGUUGAGCUGGCUCUGCAUGGUGGCUCUCUUCUUAGCCUCCGUACUCAUUGUGCUCAGAUGGCUGAUCCAGCAUUUCCUGACUUUACUGCGGCUGUGGAAAACCAGGAAAACGGCCAAGAAGCAAGGCGGCGGAGAGACAGCCUGGCAGCAUCAGCAUCUGGCCCUCCACGCGCAGAGCCACCGUGCUGGAGGCGUGUGGGGCUUCCUGCUGAAGCUCCGCCCUGGCAAGAAGGAUGGGGGUCCUGGCUCUGAGGUCGGGGUCAGAGGCUUGCUGACCUCUCUGUUCUCCUUCAAGUCGUUCAGGGAGCACUGGCAGAGGACCUGGGUGAAGGCUCUGAACGAACAAGCUCAUAGGCACGGGAGCUCCAUCCAGAUAACCUUUGACAGCAGUCUCCAGUUCACUGCUGGCUCUGCAAUAGAGAGCGUGACCUGCUCUGACCAGUCACCAAAUCGAAUGGUWUUGCACUGUAAAUGUUGGGUGGACACUUUGACGUUCCUUGUGACAGUCACCCAGCAGUCAMCUGCUGCUGUGUCCAUGGACACCUAUCAGAUCACUACCGCACAUGUGAUGGCAGAGGUGGCGGCGUUCCUGGAGGAGGUGGAAGACGAGGGUCUGCUGAUCUCCUGGACUCUCUCCAAGCAGCCGGCGCUUUCUCUGACAGUGUCCCCGUGUAAAAAAACGCAGUUCACUGAUGCCGAGGCAGACCUGGACAUGAUCAAAGGAAUGAUUGAGGACACUCUUCUCAGCACUCAACCAGCCAUGGUCCUCAGCCUAAAGACUUCUGUCCCCUAUCGUUUGUCCCCGGUGGAUCACCUCUCAGUGGGAGCCAACUCCACAUCCCACAGUGUCCUGGUGAGACGACUCCUCCUCCGGCAGCUCAGCGUGACCUUAAAUAAAGGCCAGUGGUCCAGAUCAAGUGAGCUCUGCUGUGCCCUGAGCCUGGACCAACCCUCUGCAGAGAGAAAGACCCGCUUCCUGCCCGUGCCCACCAACCCCAAUGGUGCACUGGAAUGGAGUGAAGAAAUGACUCUGGAGCUGGGCCCUGAAAGCAAAGAGCUCAGGAUAAGGCUGGUGGAGCGGAGUGGCACGAGGGAACAAUUUCUUCCGGGUCACGCCUCUGUCGCUUGGAACCUCCAAAGCAAAAUCCCCACGGGGCAACAUAUUCUGUUCAUAAGCCCCGGUCAUGGUUUAGCACCAGAUGCCACCGUCACAGCUGAGCUGCUGUACGUAGAAACCGAGGAGCUCCGCAGUUCCCACAACGCUUUGCCAAUCCGCUCCUCGCUCACCCCCACCAAGAAAGUGGACGUGGACCGGACCGUCAUGCCGGACGGGACCAUCGUCACCACCGUCACCACCGUCCAGUCUCGAGUUAAACUCGAUCGCAGCCCGGGUGAUUCCCCACUGUGUUCACCAUCCAAAGUGGAGAUGAAUGAAAAGGAAGCCACGGUUUUGUGUGACGACAGAGGCGACGGCGGCAGUCCGAACCCGAGCAGGAGCAGUCGCCUCUCAAAUGGCCUGGAUCCUGUUGCAGAGACGGCGAUUCGGCAGCUGACAGAGUCUGCAUCCAAAACUGCACGGAAGACACCGACAAAAAGAAGCACACUAAUCAUCUCUGGCGUGUCAAAGAUUCCACUUGGUGAGGAUCACUGCGCAUUAUCAAGCGGCUACGCAGCAGCCAUGGACGCCGCCGUGCACGGCAACCACUACAGGGCGGGGCAUCACCAGGACCCAGAUGAAACCACGCCCUCUGACGUGUCGGAGCGCCCGUCUGUGGACGACGUGGAGUCUGACACUGGCUCCGCUGGUGCCUUGGAAACCCGCAGCCUGAAGGACCAUAAAGUGGGCUUCCUCCAGAGCGGCUCAAAGCUGUUGUUCCGUAGAAAGCGCAGAGAAAAGGAGUCCUGCCUCAGUCAGUCCCACGAGGACAUCUCCAACAUGGGCAACAACUUCGCCCCCCCAGCCGCCGGCAUCGUCCGUAAGAAGUCCGGCAGCUUCUCGCGCCGUCUCAUCAAGCGCUUCUCCUUGCGCUCGUCUGGCAAAUCGAAAGGCAAAGCUACGGCUUCGAACGGCGGGGCGAACUCUGUGGAGAACUGAUGACAACCGAGAGGGUCACUGGAGCUGAGGAAGUUGUCGGAAGAGAUCAACUUGAGUCUGAUGGGUGACGAGCUGAACACUCGCUGUGGGCCGUGUUUACUAAAGGAUGCUGCAGAGAGAGAUCUUCUUUAGAACAAACAUAAUGCACCUUCAGUACCGAGGUCGUGUGUGACAACAUUGCUGGAUCUAAUAUCAGAUGAUGAACUUUAUUUCCUUUGAGGAGACAGAAACGAGCUGCUCACCGGGAUGAAGGAAGUCACUAUGACCGCACAGUUUGAACACAAAUUAUUGUUUGAAGACGGGUGGUGGAAAUAAUCUGAAAUAAUUUAAUGCUGUAAAUGCA